CAUAAUUCAAAGCAAACCAAAUAUGAACUUUUACAACAACUCCUUCUUUGCCUUUUUCCUCUUGGUGGUGCUUGCUCUUUUUGGUACAACUGAAGCUUGUUAUCGAGAAGAUAUUGCCUGCAUCGUAGGCAAUUCUGGCUGUUUACAUUGGAACACUCAAUGGUCUUGUCAUCCUGAUCCAUCUGCCCGUCGACACCAUACUUGUGGUUUCUGGGGAACUAGCGAAUGCGAUGGUUGCUGUGGACCAUAAAUACUUUACAAGUUUACAUUUCUUGGUAUUUCUUGGAUCUUUUUUUUUUUUUUUGUUCCAUCAUUAUUUCAUACUGUAACCAUAUCCAAUGUAAUACCCUAUCUUUUUUUUAAAAAAUAAAAUAUGACAAUAUGAUUGUCCUCUUUUUUU